GAUGGGUGAUGCUCAACGCUCCCUCAUUAGACAACAGAGAGGAGAGGUCAGGAAGAAAGCGCUUAUAAAUCACCCCUGCCUCCCUCGCAGCCCGGCGCUCCCUUGCCCCAGGACACCGCGGACGGCCGCCUAGAGCCCUGGCCAGCUACCUGAGCCCGCAGCAGGGUGGAGUUGGUGAAAUGAAGAAUUGGUAGCACAGUUUAGCACCAGGAAGAGAAAAUCCAUUCAGGAGAGACUCUUCUUCAUCUUUCAUGAACUUUACUUUGAGUGGUGUCCUUUGGAAGAAUCCACUUCGAAGAGUCACUGGACUAUAAAAGAAAGGCACAGAGAACCCCAAGUUAGUUCUUUCACCUAAGAAGACAAAGGCACCAGCACCUUUGGGCCUCUGGAAGACAUCGUGACCGAGGAGAGGGCCAAUAACCGUCUUGCUGGAAGAUUGGGGAAACCAGAAACAUGGCAACAAAGGAGAAGUUGCAAUGUUUGAAAGAUUUCCACAAGGACAUCCUCAAACCUUCCCCUGGCAAGAGCCCUGGGACACGCCCUGAGGAUGAGGCAGAGGGGAAGCCGCCUCAACGGGAGAAGUGGGCGAGUAAGAUUGAUUUUCUGCUGUCCGUGGCUGGUGGAUUUAUUGGUUUAGGCAAUGUCUGGCGAUUUCCGUAUCUCUGCUAUAAAAAUGGCGGAGGUGCAUUUCUUAUACCUUAUUUCAUUUUCUUGUUUGGGGGAGGUCUUCCUGUGUUUUUCCUGGAGGUGGCGCUAGGACAGUAUACCUCUGAAGGAGGAAUUACAUGCUGGGAAAAGAUCUGCCCUAUUUUCACUGGAAUCGGUUAUGCUUCCAUAGUGAUUGUGUCCCUUCUGAAUGUGUACUACAUCGUCAUCCUGGCUUGGGGGGUGUACUAUCUGUUCCAGUCAUUUCAGAGCAUCCUACCUUGGUCACUUUGUGGUCAGAAGUGGAACACACCUACUUGCGUGGAAGACACUCUCAGGAAGAACAAAACACUCUGGUUGUCACUGAACAUUACGAACUUCACUUCGCCCGUCACAGAGUUUUGGGAGCGCAAUGUACUGAGCUUGUCUACGGGGAUUGAAGAUGUCGGUGUUCUCAAGUGGGAUCUAGCACUGUGUCUUCUCUUUGUCUGGGUGAUAUGUUUCUUCUGCAUUUGGAAAGGCGUCAAGUCUACUGGGAAAGUUGUGUACUUCACUGCUACAUUCCCAUUCGUCAUGCUUAUUGUGCUGUUAAUCCGUGGUGUCACCCUGCCUGGAGCUGCAGAGGGCAUCAAAUUUUACCUUUACCCUGAUGUAUCACGGUUAGCAGAUCCACAGGUCUGGAUAGAUGCCGGGACACAAAUCUUCUUCUCAUAUGCAAUCUGCUUAGGAGCAAUGACAUCCCUGGGAAGUUACAACAAGUAUAAAUACAACUGUUACAGGGACUGUUUGCUGCUGGGAUGCCUGAACAGUGGUACCAGUUUUGUGUCUGGCUUCGCAAUUUUUUCCGUCCUGGGCUUCAUGGCACAAGAGCAAGGGGUGAACAUUGCUGAUGUGGCAGAGUCAGGUCCAGGCCUGGCCUUCAUUGCCUACCCAAAAGCUGUGACCAUGAUGCCGGCGCCUACUGUUUGGGCUAUCCUGUUCUUUAUUAUGCUUCUGUUGAUUGGACUGGAUAGCCAGUUUGUUGAAGUUGAAGGACAGAUCACGUCAUUAGUUGAUCUGUACCCAUCCUUCCUAAGGAAGGGUUACCGACGGGAAAUCUUCAUUGCUAUAGUGUGUUUCCUUAGCUAUCUUCUGGGACUAACUAUGGUAACUGAAGGUGGCAUGUAUGUGUUUCAACUCUUUGACUACUAUGCAGCUAGUGGUGUAUGCCUUUUGUGGGUUGCAUUCUUUGAAUGUGUUGCUGUAGCCUGGGUUUAUGGCGCUGAUAAUAUUUACAAUGCCAUUGAAGAUAUGAUUGGAUACAGACCUGGUCCCUGGAUGAAAUGGAGCUGGAUUCUAAUCACACCACUUCUUUGCGUGGCGUGCUUUGUCUUUUCUCUGGUCAAGUAUACCCCCCUGACCUACAACAAAGUUUACACAUACCCUGAGUGGUCAAUUGGCGUGGGAUGGGUUCUUGCUCUUUCCUCCAUGAUCUGCAUCCCACUGGUGAUGGUCAUCCGCAUUGUUCAGUCAGAUGGCUCACUUAUUGAGAGAAUAAAAACAGUGGCUGCCCCUAGGGAAGUGACUCGGUGGGCCAAAGAAACGGAAAGCACCACCUCGUUCUGCCCCAAUGGAACUCCUAAUGGUGGAUUGAUUAAGCCGACUCAUGUCAUUGUGGAGACUAUGAUGUGAGCUCUCUCUGUGAGAGGACAAACCUGCUUUAACUGCCAUUUACUAACAUAGAUUCUCAUAGGACCGGGUUUACAGAGCUUUAUAUUUGCACUAGGAUUUAUUUUUAUUUCUCACAGAGAAAGUUAUUUUUUGUGGUGUUUUUGUCUUUAUUUUCCUUUUUUUUUUUUUUUGUUUACAUAUUUUGUAAGGUAGUCACAGCAGAAGCCUCUUGCAGGAGGCAGUUUUCAUAUCAGACUAGACCUAUUACAGGAACUUACUACCAUUUGGGUUUUUAACAUGUGUUAAUAGCUCUCUGAAUAUUAUACAUUUUAUCACUUGAAAUUGAUUUUCUUGCCAGCAAUAUAUUCAAAGCUCAGAAAGCAAUUUUUUUAGGUGCUGAUGUGGUUGGGAAUAAGGUAAAACCUAGAACUCACAAGUGAGCUCUGUUGAGAGAAAUUUCAAAAAAAGAAGAAAAAAGGUGGAUGUUGCUUCAAGGGAUUGGGUUUCAAAGGUGUAGUGCUUUUUUUCCUCUGGUUCAGGCAGGGUGAAUGACAGAUUUCUGAGUCAUGAUGUUACCUUUGCUAUGUUCCAUGUAAAUAUCUAUAUCUAUAUCUAUAUAUAUCUGUUCAGCUGGAGAAGAGAAAUUUAUGGGGGAGGGGGAAUGUAGUUAGGAAUUAAAUACCCAAUCAGUAUGCCUGUCCCUCCUGAGCAUUGCGUAAAAAGUCCAGUCACCGUAGAAGACAACAUACAUAUUGCCUGAGGAAGGAGUUUUGUGUACAUACAUACCCUUUAGUUUCCUGCACACUGUAGGUUAGCUGAGUUGUUACUGGUUUAAACUUGCACUGUGUACGAACAGAGCAGUAGGAGGAGCCUGUGUGAUAGCUAAGAUCUGAAUUAUAGAGAGGCAGCGUUCGUGUUUUAUGGAAUUUAAAAUAUAUAUGUAUUUUGUAAACUGUUGGGCUUUGGUAUCAAAAGAAAAAUAUAUUGAGGACAAUGAUCACACCAAGCUUAACACCCAGCAUGUUAUUCAUUACCACAGGAGCAAAGCAGCCCACGUAUAUAUUGUGCACCGGGCCUUUCAGGCAGGUGCAGUUUUAAUAAUAGUAAUUAAAUGAAGAGGCCAAUAAUGCUUAGCACACCCAUAGGCGCUGUUCAUCCGCAUACCUCAAAUUGGUAUCCCUGUUUAUUUAUGUAUUUAUUUGACUGUUGUUGGUGCACUUGGGGAAGCAGGGCCCAGGGAGGGAAAGUGACUUGGCCAGGGUUACAGCAACUCAUUGGCAGAACUAGGACUAGAACUCAGCUCUCCUGACUGGCUUGUCCUGGAGGACCAUGCUACCACCAUUUUGUUUUUUGGGUAACGCAUUUAUGGGAGACAAAUAGGGGGGAAUUCAACCUACUAUAAACUAGGCCUUUAUGUAAAUUAAGAGAAAGAAGUAUGUAAUUUUUCUUUGGUUAAAAAAACAUUACAUAUCAUUCCAAUUUAGACUUAAGAAAAAUAAAAAGAAAGCAUUUAAUGCAGUACAAAGCUCCUCAAUGGAUUUUAAAGCUGGGUGGCUGUAGGUAAACUGACCACUGAUCACAUAGGCCAGGUCAAGAAUUCCAGUAGAUAUUUGCUCCCUAAAGAAUUUAAAAAAUCUAGAUCACUCUUUUUUCAUAAACCUCAACACACGCUGAGAAGAGGCUCCCUGAAGAAAUCCAGCCCUUUCCAUUUGGGAGAUAAUCCUCCUAAUCAUAGUACUACAGUUAGGCUAGCCAAAGGGAUCUGGGGAGAGAUUCAGCAGCCGAGUCUGUCCCUGCUUAUACUAUUGCCAGUUCAAUUUGUCCAUGGGUAGAUUUUUGCAGUUUAAAUGGGAACAUAGCCAGUCCUUAACAUUCCUACAUGGGCCAUUUUAAAAAAGAUGUCCCAUGCAUUAACUGUAGGCAGUGUUGUUACAGCCAUGUCGGUCCCAAGCUGGGUGGAGUAAUAUCUUUUAUGGGACCAACUUCUGUUGUCGAGGGAGACAAGCUUUUGAGCUACACAGAACUCUUCUGCAGGUCAUGCACUAACUGGUCAUUGCAGCAGAAGCACGUCAAGUUAGUAUUAAUGUAAAACGGAAGGGGCAAUUUGGAAGUCAGAAAGGGACCAAAAAAAGUGUCUUGCAUAGCUAGAGAGUCUUUGAGUCUCUGUUUUGAAGUCAGAGAGGCUGAAUUCCAGCAACAACAACAGCCAACACCCCACUGCUUUUGCUUUCUUUUCCAAUUACUGUAUUAUGAGAGCUGCGGCUGAAACACUUUUAUGGCAAAUAGCACAUCUCACAUGCUAGCCUGAUGGUAAUAGCUACCCUGAAGCUACUCUGGGUGUCUUAACCAUCUCAACAGAAGAAUUUUCUAAGCCAACAUGAUUACAACUGGAUUUUGAUAACUUUACUUAAGGAAAAAAAAUUAAAACCAAGUCCUGUGUUUAAUUUUUUUUUUUAUCUUUAAGUAUCAAAAGGCAACUAAAUUAAAGCUAAAACUCUGUCAUGCAUGUUGUUGUGUAUUCCAGCCUUUGUGGCAACAGAAAAGACCUGAGCCAGAGCCUGCUGAAGUCAAUGGAAGGAUUCUCAGUGGGCUUUGGAUCAGGCCCUUUGUCCUUCCCAAGAUCUCAUCAGACUUUGUGUAUAGGCACAAUGGCCCGAGUUAACGUCAGAAUAGCAACUCAAUAAUUAAAUUCCUCGUUUCAGUUAGUGUAAAUUAUAGUAGCAUAUUUUGUUAUAGACUCACGUUUUGUGUGUGCGCACAUACUCUAUAAGGGGUAUAUCUGAGAGGGACGCUAAUUAGAAAAAUAGUUUAAAGGUUGAAAUUUCAUAAGUAGCUGGUGCGUCAGAGAUGGAUAUUUGACCAUGCUUCACACAUGGAGCAGGGGAGAUUUGUAUUAGGAACCAGAGGGUUAAUACUACACCUUUGAAACUACAAAUAAACAAGAACGAGAGCCCAACUCAAUUGUGACUCAAACUGUGCCGUUCAAAUCAGUCACUUCCAUGUUCCAAAUGAAAGUGUCUCACACACAUAUGCAAUGACCUCACUGAAGUUCUGUUGUACGUUUUUCUGGCCCUGACUGUGCUGUUCAGCCUGACUGCAAGAAAGGGCCAGAUUCAUGAUGUGCUAUUAAAUCAUUUCUGUAAAAGUCACGCAGAACAAUGCUGGUCACCAUCUCAUGGUUUUCAAUGCAUGUGAGCCUAUUCACAUUUUAGAAUGUUUCCUAAAGGUUUAUCAGAUUUCUAAAUUUUACCUGGUGGUAAACUUGCAUUUCAACAUUAUAGUCUGCUAAAUGAAAAAAACCCAAAACAAAUGGUAAAUGAUUCUUUCAAGUUUAUAUUUUCUACAUAUUUAUGAUUGCAACAAUAACUAAUUUUCUAAUUUACUUCGUAGCCAUGUGUGACAUAUUUUACCUGUCCUUUGCAGCUGAGGCACUAAAUAUCAUGACUAAUCAUAGGUGAACUGAUUUCAGUUAAGGGAAAAAUACCCCAGACGUUGGCCCCAAAAAUCUUUGGGGGAAAAAAAAAGUCUCAUUUCAUGCACCUUUAUACUUUGUGGUUUCUUUUGGGUUUGGAAAUGGCAAUAUUUCCAACUUCACUGAAAUCAAGUACUGAAAAUUUCAUGGGGGAAAUCUUGCACUCAUAAGAUUUUUUCAGACCAAAGCAGUUCAGAUAAUCGAAACUUAGGAUUCUUAUCUAAACCAAACCUUCCAAACUCUUGCAGUUCACCUGUCAGUAGUCAUGAUCUCAUUAAAAGUCACGCAUAAUGAUGUAUCCAGUAGACUGUAUUGGUACAACAUGGUUUCAUGAACAGAAUUUGUUUUGAGUCUCAUUAAUUUUCCUUUUCUUGAUGACUCUGAUCCAACCAGAUCUAUGAGCUUCCAUAUGUUCUCAAUGAAGUUUGAGAUCUGAAAGCCAACAUGGAUCUGUCCCUAUGCAGCAAAUGAAAAUAAAAAAGCACAGUAGUUCUAUGUACCACCUUAAAAUAUGUUGCUAUCCAAGCUGCAGUGGAAGGUCAGCUUUUGAAUGUGGGUUUGGGAAGUGGAUCAGCAUAACUGAGCUGCACUGAUGCACUUGAAUAAAAAAAAAGGCUGCAGCCUUCUAAUUGUUUUAACAAGAAAACAGCAAAGCAUUUUAUAUCGUCACUCUAAUCACAUGAUCAGUGGCUGAUCAGAACUCUGGCUUGUUUUUUUAAUAUAGUAUGUGCCCUAACUGCACACCUGCAGAUGGACAUGGCUACCCAGCCUCUGUCCCAAAUAGCUCCAGAUCUGAAGAAGAGUGAAAAUGUCCAGCAGUCAGUAGUACGUUGUUGAGCAGAAUUGACAAUCUGGUAAUGUCCAUCUUUGUCAUAAGUGCGUUCAACUCCUGUACCCACUGAUAACAAUAGCUUAACCACCAUUUGUCUUCAGUGGGUGAAGGAUUGAACACUUGGAAUAACUGGUUAUGAAACCAUGGCUUGUGGUCAAUGUGGGAUCAGGUGAGGAGACAGUGUAAAUAAGUGUGUAUUGAGUGAAGGGCACAGACUAUUUCAAGUGCACAGGGAAAAAAGAUGGCCAUCACCUCACAUCCAGGAAAUUCAGUGCAUUUGGCACAUUCCCUGUAGCAAACAACUAUUUUCAAUUAACAUCUCAAAUGAGACCCCCACCACAAUUAAAAACAGCCUUAGGGGAGGUGCUUCUAUGUCCAGUCUUCAACGUAUUUACGUCAUUCUUGGGAGAUGAUGUGAUCAGGUAUUGCUGGCAAAGAAAACUGUACAAAGGAAAAGCUCUUUUGAAUGCUCUGCAGCACCAAUGCCACCCCACCUUGUUUGAUGAUUCACAGGAGUGCACUGAAGUAGGGUGGGACAGGUUAGCCAGUAUUCAUAGGUUGAGAAGCCUAAACUUCAAGGAGCCAAGAUCACCUCUUCUUAACUAGGGAUAGGGUGAAAUAAAAGCUCAGAACCAACUACCUUGAACUUGGGGGGAACCUAGGUUAAGACUCAUGGCUGCCUCUGUCAUAGGCUGAACUGAAAUCCCAGGUCCAAAAUACCCCCAGAUUGUACAAGAGUUCAGCUAUGGAUCAGAAGGUCAUAACUUGGGCCCAUUUCUUCCAGAGUUCGAUGCCAAAGCCUUGUAUUUAAAAUUAAAGGUUAUUUUUAACUCCCAGCUGAGAAGCGUUCAGGAACUACUAAGACACAACCUAUAAUCUAGGAUAUUUAUUCAUUUUUAAUCUAGGAUGAACAUGCUCCUAAUUGUACUAAUUUGUUUACGGAGGAAUUAAUGUUAAAUAGGACACGUUAGGUUUACAGCUUUUCGAUGUAUUACUUUUGAGUUUAUUCUAAGCUAUUGUAAGAAGGACAUCAAAGCAUCAGAUCAAAUCCCUAGCUACAAAGCAAACAUGCCUCAAGCAUCUGGGGACACGGAACAUAAGAGAGCAAGCCAAAUGCAUAAAAUAAGACGUUGAUCCUGCAGGCCUUGGUUAAAAAGCUCACUGAUUUCAAUGAACAAUUUAAUUUCAGCAGAAAUUGUACCCAAGACACUGUCCAAUCAGGACUACAGCUGGGCAAAAAAAAAAUUGUUUUUUUAAGGAAACACCCUACCACCACCAAACUGAAAAUAUUUCAUUCAAAGGGUUCUAUUUUUUCCAAAGGCAAACAUUUUCAUUUUUUUGCUUGUCCACUUUUUUAAUAAUAAAAAAACCAUUUUGAAAAAAAAAUCUUCAAAAUUUCCAUUAACAAAAAACAAAAAAACCCCACCAAGGUGGCAUUUUUUCAACCAUUUGUAAUCAAAAGCUAAAACAAGAUCUGAAAAAGCUUAACCAAAGUGCAGCUCUGGUGUUGGUUUUAAACCUGGAAACAAGCAAGGAUCAAAGUCUGUGAAAAAAUGUGUGUGUGUGUGAAAAAUUCUGUUAAUUUAGCCUUCCAUUUUUCCCCAUUAAAAUCAGAAUUUUAGGCCCAUUCAGAGGAUACAAGACAACUAGGAAAAGAAACUGGAUUUCUUUAGCUUGGCACUUCUUGUCUGUAAAUCUUCUGCAACUGAGAUGUAACAAGGUUUUUACAAUAGAAAAAGUGGCAGAACACCAGUGUUAAAAUUUUGUUGGAAGGCUGAACAUUGGGGGCCAGAUUGAGGUGGUCCAUCAUUUGCUCUUGUCCAAGAACUCAAGGAUGUUCUCUUAGCAUUGGAUUAAUUGAAGUAUUGAUCUGAAAUGCUCAUUGUUUUGCUAGGAUUUUUUUUCCACUGUGGUGUUGUGAUUGUUACCCAAUAUGUCUCCAGGGACUUCACAUAGUAAGCGGUGAUCCAUCUUGUUGGAUGUAGUAAGCUAAAAACAGUGGUGGUGGUGAUUUUUGUUUUUUAUUUAAAUUCCUAAUAACUGUAACUACAGUAUGUGAUAAGUAGCACAUGGCAGAGUGAGGAUGUUUAAGUCACCUGACCUUUUUAAAGACUAACAAUAAUUGUUAAAAAAAAAAAUUCUGGUUUUGUUCUGAGCAGGACUGUUUGUAUUUGCAUAAGAUCCUGGAGUGUAAUUCAAUCCUUAAAACUAGCCUUUGUGUAUACAGUAACUGUUUGUAUUUUGCAGUAUCUGUUUUGAUUUUUAGAUAAAUAUGUAUAUUGAUAUUUUUAAGUCAUCUUUGCUUUUUUUAGAUGGAGUUUGUAAUCAUCUUAUAACAGAAAAUAAAUCUUUCCUUUAUAAAUCAAA